CAACGGGAAGUAGUUUUAUUCUAGCGGAGUGAUGUUCAGUUGUGAGUUUAACAGCUGCUGAUAAAAACUGUAAAUAUGUCAGCAGGUUACCGAUGAAAUAGAAAAUGCAGUUAUGAUGAACACAUGAUAUUAUGUCGAUGUUUUCAUGAAAGAUUAGGACUGUGGACAGCUAUCUAAAGGAUGCUCCGGUGUCUCCUCUGCUUAAGGACGCACUGAAGCUCCUUUCCUUAGUAUGUGGGACAGCUCUGAUUAUGGCCGCCACACAGAUACUCUCUCAGUGAAGAACUUUCACUAGCAAAAUGGACUCAGUGGGUUCAGUGAGCUGACAGGAAGUGACAUCAUGAACAGUUAGUGGUGGUUGAUGUGACAGGAAGUUCAAAGAUGAAUCAUCAUUACGCUGAUGGUGCAAUCUCAAACAUCGACUGUUUUUAAGAAUCCAAACAAUCUGAAGGGAAAUCUUUAAAACAGCACGUGAGUCGGAGGAGGCCUGUGAACAUGUGACACAUGGAUCACAUGACCUGUCAGAGGAGCAGGUGAGCCUGACAAUAAAAGCCUGCUCACACAUUUGCAGUGAAAGGCUUUUAAUUUGAAAUAAUACAGGAAGUUUAUGUAUAAGGGUUGGAGCAGGUCAGGUCUGCUGAUUGGAAGGUCGGCGGUCCGAUCUCUGGCUGCUGCAGUCUGCGUACCCUUGUUUCUCCAUUAGAGUGUGAAUGAGAGUGAUUGGGAGACAGAGGCACGUUGUAUAUAGCGCUCAAAGAGAAGUGCUACAUAAGAACCAGUACAUUUACCACAAACAGCAUGAUGCAGUUAAACAGACCGAACAGUAACAGGUGACCAGGUUGCUAUGGUAACAGACACCAUCCAGCUGUGUACUGCAACUCCAUUUACACUGUUGUAAUGUCAGAGCUGAUGUCAUCUGUGUUCAGUAUCAUGUGACGUAUCACGUGAUCAGCAGUGACCUCCUGCAAACAGCUACAGAUGUCAUAAGAUUAAUUGUGAAAUUAAAGUUCUUCCUGGCUAGUGUCGUUAGCUAACCAUCAACAGCUGGUUUAUGCUGGAGCCGGGGCAUCGCCUCGUUCAUAGCUGAAGGUAGAAAUGGUGUCCUGGAGCUCCUCUGACAUAGAACGCUGAUCAUUCAUGCCUGAGGCCUUAGGAUGGGGAAGGUAUAGAUCAGAGACACGAGGAGAACCUCACAUGAUUGUAAUGUAAAAACGGGUGUUGAUGAUGUCACACAUUUUGAUUGGUCAGGUGGUUUCAGUCCUGGGGGAUAAUACUAGCUGUAAGUAUCAUUAUCUCCUGACCAGACCAGGGUGCUUUGAACCUGAUCACGUGAUCUGUACCUGUUCUCAGAUGGCGGAAAUGGUGAAGUACGUGGACGACGAACAUAAGAGCAUCUUCUUGAAGCUGCUGAACGAGCAGCGGCUGGAGGGCGAGCACUGCGACAUUGCCGUGGUUGUCGAAGACGUCAAGUUCCGUGCUCACCGCUGCGUCCUCGCCGCCUGCUCCAACUACUUUAAAAAGCUCUUCAAAAAACAUGAGGUGGACAACUCAUCAGUGAUUGAGAUUGACUUCAUCCGCUCUGACAUCUUUGAGGAAGUCCUGAACUACAUGUACACGGCGAAGAUCUCUGUGAAGAAGAAGGACGUCAACCUGAUGAUGUCAUCUGGCCAGAUCCUCGGCAUCCGCUUCCUUGACAAACUCUGCUCUCAGAAGCGAGAUGUGUCGUCGGAGGACAAGGAGAAGUUUCCCUAUGACAUCGUAAAGAUGGCGCUGCCGCCUGAGGCUCAGCUGGCCGCCGACUCGGAGGUGCUUGGUGAGCACGAUGACACGUCUGCCACAGAUGACCUUGUGGAGCCCUCGGCCAAUCCAGAGCUGGAGAAGUCUCCCAGUGCAGCGCUGCAUGUGCAAGAGGCGAUCCUAAAGGAACUGACCAAUGAGGAUGUGCACAAGGUAACCUGCUACGACCAGGAUGUGGUGACGGAGAUGGAGGCGGAGCCUAAAGAGCUUGGAGCGGAGCAUCACGCCACACAGACGCUGACCUUCGCGGACAGCAUAGGGGAAGUGAAGGACGAGCAGCCGCCAGGCUGGUCAACGGCGACUGCCGACAUGAAGUUCGAAUACCUGCUGUACGGACACCGUGAGCAGCUCGCCUGCCAGGUGUGUGGGAAGACUUUCUUGGAUGAGAGCAGACUCAGGAAGCACGAGAAGCUUCACUCGGCCGAGCGUCCGUUCGCCUGUGACAUUUGCACCAAAGCUUUCACCACCCACGCUCACCUGAAAGAACACCUGAAGAUCCACGCAGGUUUCAAACCCUACAGGUGUGACGUGUGUGGGAAAUCGUUCAUUCGCGCUCCGGACCUGAAGAAACACGAACGAGUUCACAGCAACGAGCGGCCCUUUGCCUGCCAGAUGUGCGAAAAGGCUUUUAAACACAAGUCUCACCUGAAGGAUCACGAGAGGAGACACAGAGGAGAGAAACCGUUCGUCUGUCCGUCCUGUACCAAGGCCUUCGCCAAGGCGUCAGAUCUGAAGCGUCAUGAGAACAACAUGCACAGUGAGAGGAAGCAGCUGAAUCCUUUGCAGAGUGACACUGAAACACUGCAGGCUGCUGCCAUGGCUGCUGAGGAGCAACAUCUGGACUCCAUCAGCUGCUCCUAACAUCUGGACAGCCCUUUAACCUUUUCUGUUUUCUCACAAACUUUGAACGGACUUUGGCUGUGUUUGCUAGGAGCCUUUUUUCCUGCAUCGAGUUGAUGCACGUGAACCCAAGUGUAAGAUAAACUGAGCGGCCAUGUGACUCACACGUUGUCAUGUGACCUCCCUCUGGCUACAUGUAUAAUUUGUAACCUGGCGUGUUUGUCUUUUCAGUUUGAAGCAUAAAUUUAUAAACUGUGUAAAUUAUAAACACUUCUGCUCAGUUUCAUGAGCAAUGACAGAGAGAACAGUUUAAAUAAAGAUUCAACCUUA